GUUCCAUCAUAAUCGAUAUCUAUUCCGUCAGCCUUGCUCUCCCGUCACGACGUAUCCCCACAAAACCAACUAUCGCCUUUGACACGAUCACUACACCAGCAUUCUUGCUGUCGAUUUUCGCAUCUCGCCCUCACUGUCACCUCCAUCCCGACACGCGACUCCAAUUGCCCAAGUCCCGACAACACUGCCGCCGCCGUCGCACCCCUCGAUACGAGAGCCGCGCGAAGGCAUCCCAAGGCGCAUAACCUCUCCAGGGCAUCAAGUUAUCGACGUUCACGUUCAGCCGACGACACCCCGAUCCAAUAGUACCAAACCGCCACAAUGUUCUUCCUCCAUAACCUCGAACGGCGGGUUACCCUGCAUCCGUCCUAUUUCGGCAGGAACAUGCACGAACUUGUUACGACCAAAUUGGUCAAGGACGUGGAAGGGACGUGUGCCGGUGAUUACUACAUCAUUGCCAUCAUGGAUGCGUUCGACGUUAGCGAGGGUCGCAUCCUCCCCGGAAACGGCCUGGCCGAGUUCACUGUGAAGUACCGUGCUGUGGUUUGGAGGCCGUUCAAAGGCGAAGUGGUGGAUGCUAUCGUCUUUUCCAUCAAUCCUCACGGCUUCUUCUGCCAAGCUGGCCCGCUCUCCAUCUUCGUUUCAUCUCACCUGAUGCCCGAAGAAAUCCACUUCGACCCCAACGCGACGCCUCCUCAGUUUACCAAUAACGCUGAUAUGGUCAUUGAGCCCGGUACGCACGUGCGCGUCAAGAUCGGUGGCUUGAGAACGGAAUUGGGUGAGAUGUAUGCCAUUGGCAGCAUCAACGGAGAUUUCCUUGGGUGUCUGCAAGCAUAAGGGACUUGCAAGAUGCAAGAAGGUUAUUCCCAAACGAAGGGUUUGGACUCGCUCAACUACUACGAGGUACUCGCUCAGCAGAGUCCUAGUGAACCCACGAAUUAGAGUAUACCCUGGGUUUACAUCAACAGUUCUGGUCGGCUGAUGAAGCCUCUGGCCCGGUCAAGAAGCAAGUCUUCUGGGCAAUGCUGGAAGCCACCUGUAUCGAGGGCCGUUUCAGAUU